GCACUGAAGCAAGGAACCAGAUGUGAAUUCAUAUUUCAGAUCAGAAAGCAAAGGAAUUUUGUUAAAUAUUUUUCAACACUUAUUACGUACCCUUUGCUUUGCUUCCUUGACCCAUUUUCACCAAACAGAAACUAUUUCCAUUUUGUAAGCCUGCAAUCACAAGUCAGAAACCAUAACAAGGUAACUGCUUGCCUCUUUCAUCCUCUCAGGCAUAUAUUAGUUGUGUGUCUCGGCUGUAGCUCAAUUGCUUGCUCAUGCUUGAGGUUCCCAAUGAAAACCUUUUGUUCCAGACCCCUGUACAGAAACUAUAUCAUUUUCUUGAAUCUCUCUUUUCUCUUUGUGGCUUCCACUCUCUUGGUUGUAUACAGUUCCCACUCUUCACAGUUUCUAGUUCUAAGCUUUCACAGCAGUAAUGAGCAAGGGUGCGGGGAUCUUAAUGGUAUAGGUGAUUAUGCAGAGAAGUGCUUGUACCUCAAAUCCAAGAACCCAUGUGUCUCCCAAGGCUAUAUUGAUUAUCUUUACAUCUUCUAUUGUAGUUUUGGAACUUCCCCUCUUUUGGGUUAUGGGUUUUUGUUGUUUUGGCUUCUGGUUUUGUUCUAUCUAUUGGGUAAUACAGCUUCUGAGUACUUCUGUUCUUCACUUGAGAGUCUGUCAAGGCUAUUGAAAUUGUCCCCUACGAUUGCUGGGGUUACUCUUCUCUCCCUUGGCAAUGGUGCCCCUGAUGUCUUCUCCACUUUUGUUUCUAUUAUGGGUAGUGGUGGGACGAACAUCAACGUUGGUCUCAACACAGUUCUGGGAGGUGCCUCCUUUGUGUCAUGUGUUGUGGUUGGAAUCAUAAGCAUAUCAAUUCGUAAAAGGCUUGUUCGUGUUGACAAAUCUGCUUUCGUGAGAGACACCAGCUUCUACCUUUUGGUUAUCCUGUGCUUGUUUCUGAUUUUGAUUCAGAAAGAAAUAGAUGUGUGGGCUGCCAUGGCUUUUUCUACACUGUAUAUUGUUUAUGUGAUUGUGGUGUAUGUAUCACAUACACAUGUAUCACAUACACAUGGGUGGAAUUCUGGCAAACCAAGUGAAUCACACGGUAAUAUAAGCAACGGUAGUCAUGACUUGACAGUACCAAUCAUGAGUAGCAUUGAGAGGGAGGAAAGUGAAGAUCGGCUUAGUGCUGCAGAGGAAGGAGCUUUAAGUUCUGCGGUAGAAGAAGCAAAGAGAGGGUGCUACCAACUCCCCGGACCAUCAGAUUCUUGUCGAAUGUUGAUCUUCAUACUUGAGUUGCCUCUUUAUAUUCCCAGGAGAUUGACAAUUCCUGUUGUUUCUGAAGAUAGAUGGUCUAAGCCGUAUGCAGUUGCUUCGGUGACACUAGCACCAGUGCUAUUGUCAUCCCUUUGGAACCAUCAAUAUGCAAACGCUAGCUUCCAGAAAAGCCUCUUGAUCUAUGUGAUUGGAUUGAUUAUUGGUCUACUUUUCGGGUUUGUUGCGUGUAGGACAACAGAGAUGUCAAACCCACCAAAAAAAUGCUUAUUUCCUUGGCUUGCUGCUGGCUUUUUGAUGAGUGUUACUUGGAGUUACAUUACAGCUCAGGAGCUGGUGGCCUUGUUAGUGUCAAUAGGAUACAUAUUAGGCAUUAGUCCUUCAAUAUUAGGACUAACAAUCCUAGCUUGGGGUAAUUCACUUGGGGAUUUGAUAACCAAUUUGACCAUGGCUUUGAAUGGAGGACCAGAAGGAGCACAGAUUGCAUUCUCUGCCUGUUAUGCCGGUCCUAUCUUCAACACUCUCUUUGGGUUGGGGUUAUCACUUGUUGGCUCUUCUUGGUCCAAAUACCCUUCAGCUGUAGUCAUUCAGGGAGAUCCAUACCUCUUGGAGACACUGGGUUUAUUAGCAGGAGGCCUGCUUUGGGCACUUGUGGUUUUGCCAAGGAGGGGUAUGACCCUUGAUGGGGUAUUGGGGGGUGGUCUUCUAGUUAUGUACAUCAUUUCUAUGUCUUUGAGGUUGUUUCAAACACUAGGGUCUUUGCAGCUACAAACAAAGUUAUAGCAUUACUUAAUUCAGUUAAUUGUAACAAGGUAAGUGUCAGGAUGUAUAUACACUUGAGCUUUCUGUAGUGUGCUCGACUAGCAUAACUUUUUUGUAAGUUAUAGCAUUACUACCUUUUGUAAGUUAUAGCGUUUAAUUACUACAUUUCAUAAGUUAUUAGAAUUGAUUUUAACUUGCUGAAUAGUUUGUAACUUUUUUUUAUAUUUUUUUUUAUGAAAGAAUAGUUUGUAACUUUGGAA